CUGUUGAUAAUCUCGUGAUACUCGUAGUGAUACUUUCAUUUUCCCGUUUUCAACUUCAACUGCGCUUCACCUUCAAUCGUGAUCGCAAGAUGCUUGUUGGGCCUCUACACCAAGCGGUCCAAGCUCUCUGAUUUUUGUUAGCCUCACAUUCAUUUUUCACUCAGGCUCACAUUCUGUUGUCUUUGUUCUUUCUUUUUUUUGUACUCACUCUCAUUAACUAUUAAAACCUGCGCAUGAUGGACCAACACCCAGCGUUGGAAACACCAUCGCGAGGCUGGCAUCCCAAGCACACCUCGAUACAUCCUUAUCCAGCGACAAUCAUCGCCAUAAUAAUCGUUCUCGCCGUCGUAUCUCUCUUCGUAUCAAUCCUCCGGCAACUCCUUGAGCGUCGCCUUUCCCAACGCCGCGGCUGGUUUCUCAACACCACAUAUCCCCCGCCCUCACCAACACCAUCGUCAUCAGGCGGAAGCAGCAGAAGCAGCAGAAGGAGCAAAAAGAAAACAAACGAACAAAAGGCGAGACCAGUCUCUGAGGUCGAGAUCGAAUCUCGACAGCUUCUGUUUGCGGAUACUGCUUUCCGAGGUGAACGAGUACCGCUCCAGAAUCCUAAUGAGCGUGGGUCUUUAUACGAUACUUUCCUGUUGCCAGCACCACAUGCAUCAAGGUUAAAGCCUGCGCGUUCGAUGAUGGAGUUAAACGGAGGGAGUCCACUAGAGAGUGUGGGGGGUAAAGAGGGACAGAAGAAGGCGAAAACGAUUCACUGGCACGGUGUAAACAGACUUAAUACUGCUUGGGGAUGGAUGUCAUGAUAUAUCACGAUCAUCAAUCUUUCAUUGAAUAUCAACAUAUUUAACACAAUCAUAAUCAUGAGCAAAGGAACAUGCGUACAUAAAACAUCAAGUCAUAUUGAGUACCAUGAAGGUAAACA